AUGGCGUACCCUCUGCGCAAGCCCCUGUACGACACAGAGAGGGCAGCAGAGCAGACCACAGUGUGCGUCACUGGAGGCACAGGAUACAUUGCUGGAGCCAUCAUAGCUCGCCUGCUGGCAGCUGGACACACUGUGCAUGCCACAGUCAGGGAGCCAAACAGCCAAACCAAGUUGCAGUACCUGAAGUCUCUUCCCAACGCUGAUACCCGCCUCAAAUUUUUCAAGGCAGACUUGGAGGAUGCUGCCUCAUUUUUGGCGCCCAUCAAGGGCUGCAAGUAUGUCAUACACACUGCCAGCCCAGUGGUCAUGAACCCGCCAAAGGGCAAGGAGUACGAAACAGUCAUCCGGCCGGCAGUGAGUGGAGUGGAGAAUGUUCUCAGCGCAGUGGACAGGACACCUGGCGUGAAGCGGGUGGUGAUGACAUCAUCAGUGGGGGCUGUGGUGGGGGACCACAGGGAGCGGGGGGCACACCAUGUCUACACAGAGGACGACUGGAACCAGACCGCCACGGAAACAUUCCUCCCCUACCACAGGCAAGAGCACACUGUUCUAAUUCUUUCUCAAUUGAGCAAGGUGCUGGCAGAGCAGAAGGCAUACGAGCUCUGUGAGAAGCAGAAGAGGUGGAGCCUGGUCACCAUUCUGCCCUCUGUGGUCCAGGGACCGCCCCCAGGGAAUGUGAAGUGUGAGGUUGUGGGCUUCAUGCGCAAGCUGAUGAACGGGGGUUACUACCCCUGGGCGCCCAAAUCAGGCGCGGGCUAUGUGGACAUCGAUGAUGUGGCAGCUGCCCACACCCUCGCCAUGCUCACGCUUAAGGCCUCCGGCAGGUACAUUGUGUCGGCGCAGUCGCUGACACUGCCGCAGUUCAUUGACCGGCUCAAGCCAGAGUAUGGCAUGUACAAGCUGCCAUUCAUUCCCCUCCCUUUCUGGGUGAUAUGGAUCGCCAUCACGCUGAUGGGCUCAAAAGUGUUUGAUGUUGAGCUGCUGAGGUGUACUGUGGGGAAGGUGCCACAUUUUGACACGAGCAAGGUGAAGACAGAUCUGGGCCUGGACUUUAUCGAUGUCAGGAAGACUGCACAGGACAUGGCCGCCAGUCUGCUGGAGUUGGGAGUCCUGAAAAGAGUCCCCGGCGCCCCUCAGCCUUCGCAAUUUUAUAGCAAGCUUUAG